AAUACAGAAGCUAAAGAGAUUUUGUUAUUUUCAAAAACGCUUGCUAACUUGGAAUAAUGCUUAGCUAGCUAACAUUAGCUAGUUUUACUCGCCGGAGCUUAAACAAUAGGCCUCAGUUUAAUUUCAGCUAAUACUUUAAAAUUUGUUAGUGUUACCUACMUGUUACUCACUAAUCGGUGUGAUAAAAAGUCACCAGUGUUUAAACGGCACAACGUGAAAWCAUGUGGCAAUGUGAUCCUAUCGGUUCUAGGCCUAGCUUGCUAGCACUACUAGCGGCUAGUUAGCAACCAGGAUUUCUAGGGACUUUUGCCUGAAGAUGACAGACCGCUACAACAUUCACAGCCAGUUGGAGCAUCUUCAAUCUAAAUACAUUGGAACAGGCCAUGCGGACACCAGCAAGUGGGAAUGGUUGGUGAACCAACAUCGGGACUCGUACUGUUCAUAUAUGGGUCACUUUGACCUGCUGAAUUACUUCUCUGUUGCUGAGAACGAGAGCAAAGCCCGCGUGCGCUUCAAUCUCAUGGAGAAGAUGCUGCAGCCCUGUGGCCCACCUUCGGACAAACCUGACGAUGCUUAGUCUAAGGAGUUCAACUGGCAGGAUGUAGAAAAUGUCGUUUUUACUGUUUGGCUAUCGAUCGUGUAGAUAAGAAGUGAUGUUUGAGAUGCAUGAAAUGGAAGCAAUGUUGACAAACAAUGCAUCWGUUUUCCUUUUUCCCCCACCCAUUUGAUAUUUGCCUUGAAAAUAAACAUUGAAAAGAA